CGCAACUUUAAUCGGAAGAGGAGAGCCGCUGGACAUACCACAGAAGAACGGCAACGGCAGCCCUGGUCGAUCUUGAAGAGAAAAUAUUAUCAAGAUGAGGCGUGGACUUCUCGUCCUUCUCAGCCUCUCGGUUUGCUGCGGACAAAAGGCCAAAAGCGAGGACUACAUUCCAGCUCCGUAUUUUGAUGAGGAUGAAAACUUAAGCGUCAAGGACUGUGCCAACGAAACAUCUCUAAACCACUGGGCCGUGUCAGUUAGAAGCAUAUCCUCUACCUCUGGUUAUGAUAUUCCUUGCCCAGGAAUAGCUAUUUCUCAAAAAACUGUUCUAUUGAGAGAGAGGCUCCCCUUCUUGAAAUCAAGUGUACGUGAUUUACGGGUCUUUUUCGGACAUUGUUGGCAAUCUGACGAAGAAGAAUGCAUCAAGAAUUCCAUCAAAGUAAAAAAAGUGAUUGACGUUGGCAUGAAUUCGACAGCUCAAUUUGUACAUUAUACAGUUCUUAGAACUGAGGAAAUGCCCACUCAAGUAACUCCUCUUUGUUUAUUUAAUCGUGACAACGCAAUUGACUUGAAACGAAAUUCCCCCUACUUUGAAUGGAAACUUUGGUUGAGAGGAGGUUAUGCAGACAGGACACAAAAGAAUGUUACAAGCCAAAGCGAAUGCCUAACAAAUCAGACAGAAAAUCAGCUGGAGAUAUUGAAGGAGCAGCAUAUUCCCACUAAAAAUAUCCUCUGUUUGAAAGAUCAUGAUGAAGGUUCAAGUAACAUAUUGGUAAAUUUGUACAAGGGAAGAUAUUUUUUGAGAGGUACAAAGUUUGGAACUGGAAAUUUAUACAUCGACAUACUGCCCUACAUUUACGAAAUUGCAAGUAACGCAGAAGAUAUUUCUGCUCUUCAUUCCAUCCCGCAGUCAAUUCCGAGAAAACGGUUUCAGUCUCCAGAUGACAAGCUCAGUUUCCCCAACUGUGGAAUAAAGCGGCGCACAAGAAGAACCAAACGAGACCUUGAUGAUGACUCACCCGUUCCUCUUAUUGUGAAUGGGUCAGACGCCGAGGAAAAAAGGCACCCGUGGCAUGCAUUCAUCUACAUAGAAAAUUCAGACUCAACCUCGUCACAAUGUGGCGGCACGCUGAUCUCGCCUAGAGCAGUUUUAACUGCUGCACAUUGCAUUAAUGGAACAGAGGCAACGGAUAUAGAAGUUACUGUAGGAAUGUAUAAUAAGAUUAAUAGAACUUCUGGAGAUCAAAAUAGAACACCCAGCAGACUGCUUGUGCACCCUGACUACAAUUCAAAUUUACAUUACGAUAUCGGUUUGAUGAUCUUUGAUGAGCCAUUUAAAAUUACUGAUAAAGUCCAUCCCAUUUGCUUGUGGAACAAUGGUUCCAAUUUGGACCACAUCGCAGGAAGAUUCGCUGUGGCGGUUGGAUUUGGAUUUAUUGCUGACUACUCUUUACCCGACGAUCUUCAAGAGGCGCAGCUACCAAUAAAAUCACAUAAAGAUUGCUACCUGACGAGCGACCGGAAAUUCUAUGGAAAAUAUCUAUGGCCAGGAGACAAUUUUUGUGCUGGCUAUUUGAACGGAACGAGCACGUGCAACGGGGACAGUGGAGGCAGCCUCUCUCUGAAAAGGCUCGGCCGGUGGUACAUCCGAGGCAUUGUCAGCUUUGGAUACCCGAAAAUUGCAUCUAUCGAAGGUAAUCCGACCAAAGUGUGCCAUCCACAGUACUACUCAUUGUUUACCGACGUUGCAAGUUAUAUAAACUGGAUUGUAGAUAACACACCGGACAUUUCAUUCAAAAAAACGCAAUAAAAAUCGAAGGUAGAAAGAUUACUUAAUGAAUUCAUUCAUGAAGAUAAUGUUAGAUAUAAUUAUGGUGACAUGGCAUUGUAUUGUAACCAAUAAAUGUUAUAAAAUUUGUA